AGAAUGCUCUGUGGGUCCAGCGGGUAGGAAGGACUACGUCAUUAAUGGCGGGAACAGAUUGGUAGCACCCAUGAAAUUAAGGAGCAGGGGCCCAGUGCCAGCAGCCCUGUGUGAUAUCCUCUCCAGUGGUGAGGGAUUAUGGAGAGCGCCUGGUGGGGACAGUCAGGUCCUGACCCAGGGAUGUGGGUCAGACAGAAGAAUCAGGGAGGGAAAAGAGAAAAGGCUCAUUGUUCAGCCUCGAGGAGGCUCACCAGGUGCCCAGAGCUGCAGAGCCAACCAGCUGUGUACCUGCUCAGGACUGCGCCCAGCAGGAGGUUAAUUAUGCUGCUCAGGUUCCCGCCGCUGGCCAGGUGCAGCCCCCAAACCCUCCUGGGAGCCUGCAGGCAGCGUUACCAGCCUCCCUUUCAGGCUGCCGACAAGCCUGGAGAGAGUGGGAGUUUUGCUUGGGGUCGCAGAGCUUGGGCUGGCAGAGCUAGGCUCAAGCCCAUUUCCUCCCUCAGCAGCAGCUGCUUGAGCACCUACUCUGUGCCAGACCUGGAUCUGUGCACUGAGCACCUACGUGGUGAGCCCUGGUGGGGAGGAUCCUAACGUGCGGCUGCUUCACUUUCCACCUUCCCGCCCCUCCUCGCGGCCAUCAGGCGGCACGUUGCCCAGAGCGCCCUGAGGAUGGAGUCGUGCCCUGUGUCCCCCUUUACCACCAGCCCAUUGGAGGGGACCCUUAGGAUGCACGCAGAUGAGCCUCUUCACUGGGGCGUCCUGAGCCGGAGGUCACGUGGCAGGCAGAGCUAGGACUCGCAGCCACCUUUCCAAGCCCCCGACCAGGCCUGAGAGCCCAGCAGCACUGACUGAAAAGUAGUGUGUGGAUUUGAGGAGACUGGGGGGGGGGUGUCUUUCAUUCAUUCUCCAAGCCUCUGUGGCAGGUGCUGGGCUGGAGCUAGGGACCCCGGGGUAUUGGGGGGUGGGGGGCCAGGCCAGGGUCAGAGAGGCCUGGAGGAAGUCAAGUCCAGUUCUGCUGAACCCUCCUGAGCCCGGCGUGGGGCCGGGGAGUGUAAGAUUACAGAGAAACUUGGAGCCUCCUGAGAGAUCUGGACUUUAUCCUGAGGGCCAGGCUGGGAGGGGCAGCGUCAGAUGUGGCUCCUGCCUGGCUCCAGGGCACCUGGCUGGGAGCCCCCGAGGAAGGCCACAGCUGUUGUCCAGGAUGAAGAUGAAACGCUACAAGCUGUUUCUCAUGUUCUGUAUGGCCGGCCUGUGUCUCAUCUCCUUCCUGCACUUCUUUAAGACCCUGUCCUAUGUCACCUUCCCCCGCGAACUAGCCUCUCUCAGCCCUAACCUGGUGUCCAGCUUCUUCUGGAACAAUGCCCCGGUCACGCCCCAGGCCAGCCCGGAGCCGGGUAGCCCCGACCUGCUGCGGACCCCACUCUAUUCCCACUCACCCCUGCUCCAGCCGCUGUCCCCGAGCAAGGCCACGGAGGAGCUCCACCGGAUGGACUUCGUGCUGCCUGAGGACACCACCGAGUACUUCGUCCGUACCAAAGCCGGGGGCGUCUGCUUCAAGCCAGGUACCAAGAUGCUGGAGAAGCCCCCAUCGGGGCGGCCAGAGGAGAAGGUGGAGGCGGGCCCGGGCCGGCAGCUGCUGAGCACCCGGGAGCGAGCGGGGAGCCGCGGCGGCACGCGGCGCAAGUGGGUGGAGUGCGUGUGCCUCCCGGGCUGGCACGGGCCGAGCUGCGGCGUGCCCACCGUGGUGCAGUACUCCAACCUGCCCACCAAGGAGCGCCUGGUGCCCCGGGAGGUGCCACGGCGGGUCAUCAACGCCAUCAACAUCAACCAUGAGUUCGACCUGCUGGACGUGCGCUUCCACGAGCUGGGCGACGUGGUGGACGCCUUCGUGGUGUGCGAGUCCAACUUUACAGCGUACGGGGAGCCGCGGCCGCUCAAGUUCCGCGAGAUGCUGACCAACGGCACCUUCGAGUACAUCCGGCACAAGGUGCUCUACGUCUUCCUGGACCACUUCCCGCUGGGCGGGCGGCAGGACGGCUGGAUCGCAGACGACUACCUGCGCACCUUCCUGACGCAGGACGGCGUGUCGCGGCUGCGCAACCUACGGCCGGACGAUGUCUUCAUCAUCGACGACGCCGACGAGAUCCCCGCGCGCGACGGCGUGCUCUUCCUCAAGCUCUACGACGGCUGGACGGAGCCCUUCGCCUUCCACAUGCGCAAGUCGCUGUACGGCUUCUUCUGGAAGCAGCCGGGCACCCUGGAGGUGGUGUCGGGCUGCACGGUGGACAUGCUGCAGACGGUGUACGGGCUGGACGGCAUCCGCCUGCGCCGCCGCCAGUACUACACCAUGCCUAACUUCCGCCAGUAUGAGAACCGCACGGGCCACAUCCUGGUGCAGUGGUCGCUGGGGAGCCCCCUGCACUUUGCCGGCUGGCACUGCUCCUGGUGCUUCACGCCCGAGGGCAUCUACUUCAAGCUGGUGUCGGCCCAGAACGGCGACUUCCCCCGCUGGGGCGACUACGAAGACAAGCGGGACCUCAACUACAUCCGGAGCCUGAUCCGCACGGGGGGCUGGUUCGACGGCACGCAGCAGGAGUACCCGCCGGCCGACCCCAGCGAGCACAUGUACGCCCCCAAGUACCUGCUGAAGAACUACGACCAGUUCCGCUACCUGCUGGACAAUCCCUACCAGGAGCCCAAGAGCACAGCGGCCGGUGGGCAGCGGAACAAGGGUUCGGAGGGAAGGCCACCCGCCAGGGGCAAAUUGGAUGUGGUUGAAGGCUAAGGCUGCAUGAUCUUACAGGGCCAGUGGCAGGGUGGGGGUGGGGUGGGGUGUUGGCACUGCCCCUCCUGUCGUUACCUUUCUGCCUCCUUCCACCCUCUGGGUGGUUCAUCAGAGGACCAGGAGUGGAAGGUGGGGGAGUCUUUUCUACUCAAGCCCCUGUGAAUCCA